AUGGUUGCUGCCAGCUCGAAUGGUUUCAUCUGCCUGUGCGGGCCAGUAGGAAGGUUGCCCAGCUCCUCGACGUCAACUUGGUGCCACGUCUCAUUCAACUUGGCAGAGCGUGGUCACACGGUCCUCUCGCAAAUCAAUCUGGGAGGAUCAGUGCCGCAUGUUGUCGCCAAAUGGGCUCACUUGCCUAGUGAGAUAUUAUCCAAGUAA